ACAAAGAAACCCUAGACCGCGUCCUCUUCUAAGCAUCCCGAGCGCAGCCUCCGCUCCUUCUCCCCGCCCCUCAACCCCGCCAACGCCGCCGGCCUCCGCCGCCUCUCCACCCGUGCCGCCACCACUUCCUCCACCUCUGCCGCCUCUCCACCCUCGCCGCUACCACCCCCUCUACCUCGGCCGUCCGCAACCGCUUCCUCUCCUUCUCCCUGCUCGUCGAGGCCGUCAUCUUCCACCUCAAGGCCUCCGCUGUCCCCGUCCAUCCGGGCCUCUCCCGCGACGACUCCCGCCUCCUCUACCUGGCCUCCCUCGCCACCGCCCGCCGCUCCUUCAUCCCCAUCGCGUGGCUCACCUGCGCCGGUUGCUCUGGCUGCCCCUCCUCCUCCUCCGCCCCGCCUUUUGAUACCUCUCGCUCCACUACCUACCGCUCCGUCCCGGGCGCCGCUCCGCCGUGCUCGCAGGUCCCGACCCCACCUACCCUGCCGGAACUGCCACCUGCGGCUUCAACCUCACCUACGGCUCCUCCUCCUUCCUCGCCGGACUCGCCCGGUGCUCCCUCUUCCUCGCUUCCGACGUCGUCCCCGGCUACACGUUCGACUGCCUCCAGGAGGCCGCCGGCCCUUCCGUACCCGCGCAGGCCGGGUCUCCGGUUAAUUAGUUUUAAAGCUAAGGUGGAAGGCCUUGUCCACGUGGCGGGAUGCUGUAGGCUCGGUGUACAGCUGAGCUGACGGAUCUAGCGAAGAAUUUCUCCCUACGCGUCCGUGCCAUAGGUUAAUCUCUGUAUCAGUGUAUAUCUCCCGCGGAACACCGGAGACCUCUCCCACGGCUCCGAUGGCCUCCCGAACGACGACGUCCCCGGCUCCCAUGUCGGAGGGGAAGAAGCGCGCGCUUGCGGCACUGGAUCGAAGGUUUGGCAUCGAAGCCGAGCUUGUCCAAGAACGAGAACAGCGGUACGAGAGUAAGAAGAGGAAGCGAGCCCCCGAGGGAGAAAGGGAAUCCGAGCAGCGGAAAGGAAAAGACAAUGCCUCCCUCGCCUCCGCCGCGGCCCCAGAUCCCUCAUCCUCCAAGCAAGGGAAUCUCGUCACUGGUCGAACUCCUCGGCGGGAGACUGAUGAAGAAGUACACCCUGUGUACUCGGAGCUUUCUGAGAUGGUUCACGAGAGUUUGCUACAAGGUGUUUCCAAGACUACGAGUGGAGGGGACACUUUCAAUAAAGUUGUCAAUGAUAUUAUUCGGAAAGGUGACGAGGGCAGUAAGUAUGCAAAAGGAAUCAGAAGCCUAAAAUUUGACAAUUGGAUUCUUCUUGAUAACCUUGUGUCAAAGAGUAAUGAAAGAGUGGAAGCGCGGGCAAAAGCUUUACAGAGCCACUCGAAACGGUCAAGGAAGCACAUGUCCAUGAGGCAACAUAGAAAGUGUGGAACAUUCGAUCUGCCCAAGGAGUUCCAUAACUUCGAUCUCUUCAAACCAAUGCAUGAAAUGUGGAAAUACUAUAUCAUCGAGCUUCUAAAAGAAACAGGGAAAAAGCAGUUAGCUGAGUGCUUUCUCAUGGCAGACUUACAUGGUGCAUUUUUUCUAGUUGUUGAAUGUAAAACAACUGCCUUCAAGGGUGUACAUGGUAUCAUGAUUCGUGAGACUGCAGAGACCUUUGGGAUAAUUACACAAGAUAAUAAAUUUCGAGGGUAAAACACUUGCUUCUGAAAGUUUUUGGAGCCUGGCUUCUGCGCAGGCUUCCCUAGUGCCUCUUGACUCAAAAUUUUUGAAGUGACUAUGAUAGCCAGGUUCAUUCCACAUCCUGAUGAUGAAGUGACUGUCAUAAUUAUGAGAAUGUGAAGUAUGGCAUCUGUCAGAUGAUAUUUCAAUAACGGUGGACCAGGUCAUUUCUUUCUGGUUAAGAAACUUAUAUAUGAUUUGAAUUCGUCCUAUGAAUAUACCCCUCUCCAGUCUCAAAACAGGAAUCAGAGUUGUGUACUAGGGCUGACGGGAUGUCCUCUUGGGUGGUGAAUGCUAUUAACAAUAUUGUUGGGUCAGAUACAUGAAACUUCUGGUUCAGUGAUUUAUUCAUGCAGUAAAGCUAAUAUCAUGAUGCUCUGGAGCAUGUUGAAACCUCACCAUGUUUUGCUGAACUUAUUUAUUCAACAAGUCUUGUCGUUUAAAGCUGACUCGACUUUGAUCUUUCCAUGGUUGAGCAGAUUUUGUUAGUAUUCAAAUACCUUUUGCCCAUUACCCUACUACUAUUCUCUUCUAACAGCAUCUGACUAAAUAAACAAAUGAUCUUGAAAUGGUGAUCUACCCCUUUAUUUGGCAAUCAUGAUUGAAGAUAUUUCUUUAGCUUUUGCAACCAAAAUGGAUACAUGUUAUAUAUUGGAAGUGAAAAUAAUUUUUUCAAUAGCUGUGUGCAGUACAGUUCCUUACUAUUCUACUGCCUAUUUCUUUCAGUUAGAGAUGGGUAAAACCUAGAGUGUUAGGUUUAUGUGGUUUUAAGCAUUGUACUAAAUGAAUUUACUAUUGUAUGUUCAGUAUUUUUUUCAUUUUAUGAGUAGAAGUGUAUGCGCACACAUCUAGAAGUGGCUAUGUAAUCCAUUAAGUAAGACCCAAAUUUUAUAUUUCCAUAUAAUAACUCAAAACCAUUCUAAAGUCACGAUAUGAGACAUAGGAAUGAAAUUUAAUGAUAGGCUUCCCUACGAUUCACCAAUUAUAAAUUCAAAUUUCUUCUUUUCAUAGUAUCAACAAAUAGAUAGUAGGUUCCUUUGUGAUUCAUUAAUUGUAUUAAGAUCCAAAUUCUGUAUUUCCAUAUAGUGACCCCAGAAUGCCUCGUUGAUUACUAUAUGAAACAUGAAAAACGAAUUUUGAUGACUUGUACCUCUAUAGUUCCUUGAUUAUAAUAGGGUUUUAUAAACACAAAAUUUCAUUUUAUGUUCAAUGAAUAACAGAGGAACCUACAAGAGAUCUAUUAUGUGGUCAUGGUACAGAACAUGGGAAAUGAAAUUUCAUGUAGGUUUCUCUAUUAUUCAUUGAUUAUAUUAAGUCCCAAAUUUGUGUUUCCAUAUGGUGAUCACUUAACUAUUUUGUGGUCACUACAUCAAAAAUGGAAGUUGAAAUUUGAUAUCAGGUGCCUAUGUAGUUCUUUCAUUAUAAUAAAGCCAAAUUUCGUGUUUCUAUAUAGUGAAAUACCAUUCCUUCUAUAUGGGAAAUGAAAUACCAUAACAGGUCCCUCUAUGAUUUAUAUAUUCAAGUCUAUGAAACAGAGCAGGAAUAAUUGAUAAUUCCUUCUACAGGUGCAAGUAACGCGAACAACAUUAUUUUUCUAACAUCACGUGGGGCAUGGCAGGGUCCUUAUCUAGUUUGUCUAGAAUUUUGGGAUAAUAUUUCAUACUAAAGCAUAUAUGUUGAUUAUUUUACCUUAUCCUUUUCUGUUGACAUGUCAUGUUGUUACUCUAUGCCAUACUUGCUAUGUUACUAUAUAUUGAUAUCUCGAUGUUGCCUGCUGGCUUUUGACAUAGUAGUUACAGAAUAUAUUUGUGCAUAUCCAAAAACUAUAUCUUAAAUACUUUAGGUCAGAUGAAGAGGUCUCUGAUGAAUUGUUCUUUUCAUAUGUAUAUGUUUGAUAUCAUUGAGCAAUUAGGCAUUAUUGCAUCAUCUCUCUUGGACCAA